UGAGGAAGGCGGAAGUUGUCUUGGGUGCUGUGCUGGGGUCUCCGCCGGGGGAAAGCCGUGGGCAGGCAGAGUUCCGGCAAGUCCGGCGGCGCACCAUGAGUUCCUAUCUCUGCCCAGAAGUCCCACCUAUCCUCUUCAGCUCUUUAUUAAAGAAAUCAGAAGUUGCCUUGGCAGAGACAUACCUUCACAGUGUACAAAAAGAUUAUCCCAUAACCUUGAACCAUUUAGGAAGAACUCAGAAUGCAGUGACCUAUGAUGAUGUGCAUGUUGACUUCACCCGGGAAGAGUGGGCUUUGCUGGAUCCCUCCCAGAAGAAUCUCUACAAGGAUGUGAUGCUGGAGACUUACAGGAAUCUCACUGCUAUAGGCUACAAUUCGGGAGACCAUAAUAUUGAAGAACCUUGUCAAACUUCUAGAAGAAAUGGAAGGUAA